UCAGCCAUUCGCAUUAUCAUAUCGGGGUUUUUAUACGCCUUUCCGCCUGUUUUCUGUUAUUGUUGUUGGAAACCAGUUUUUGCUUUUGUUGUUGCUUCUGUUCCGCUUAAGAGCAUAGUUAGUUAGUUGCACCUACUAACAAGCGUCGAUAUAAGAUUACCAUACACACACACACACACCGUAAAGGAGGGCACGUCGCCGCCGUCGUCGUCUUUGUUUGCCAUCACCACGACUAAAAAACGCUGCCUUAUCUCUUAUCGGAAACAUUUAUUUAGUCGUCCCCGUCCCGUCCCGGCAUCUUACCCCUUCCGAUUCCAACAUCUAGCAUGUCAAUUGAAUAACAUACACACUUAUAUAUAGGCAGUGCCAAAGUCAACAGUCAAUAUACAUAGAGAGUUUCAAGAUCGUGUCAAAAUAAUUCCUAAUACUAUGUCAUCUGUGGAACAAGUGGUGGAGGGAGGAGGUGUGGAAGGCCCCUUUGUGGGCGCCAUUGAUGAUGGCACCACAUCGGCACGUUUCAUUAUAUUCCGAGCUGGAACCGAUGACAUUGUCUGCUAUCAUCAGAUUGAAAUCCCAUCGAUAUUUGCCAAAGAGGGAUGGUGCGAACAGGAUCCCAAGGUGAUAGUCUCCACGGUCAAUGAGUGCAUUGUAGGAGCCUGCAAGAAACUCAAACAAUUGGGUGGACAAGUCAAGGAUAUUGUGGCUGUUGGUAUUACCAAUCAACGGGAAUCAACUGUUGUCUGGGAUCGAAAUACCGGCGAAACUUUGGCCAAUGCCAUCAUUUGGCUGGACAAUCGGACCACAAGCACCGUGGAGGAACUGCUGGAGACGAUACCAAAUAAUGCGAGAAAUAUUAACUAUUUACGUCCGCUCUGCGGAUUGCCCCUCUCGCCGUAUUUCUCCGGUGUAAAGCUACGGUGGCUACGUGAUAAUGUGCCCACAGUGCGCAAGGCCAUGGAAAGCGGCGAUGCCAUGUUCGGGACCAUUGACACUUGGCUCAUGUACAAUCUGACGGGCGCCCAGAAUGGUGGCGUCCAUAAGACAGAUGUUACCAACGCCUCGCGCACCAUGCUAAUGAACAUCGAGACAUUGCAAUGGGAUGACAAUUUGCUAAAGUUCUUUGGUCUGCCACGCAAAAUACUGCCCGAGAUAUGCUCCAGUGCCGAGCAUUUUGGUGAUAUAUUCGAUGGUGUGCUCAAGGGUGUACCCAUAACAGCUGAUCUGGGGGAUCAGCAGGCAGCUCUGGUGGGUCAACAAUGUUUGGCCAAGGGCCAGGCGAAAGCCACCUAUGGAACGGGCUGUUUUCUACUCUACAAUACGGGACCCUCGAUUGUUCAUUCUCAGCAUGGCCUUUUGACCACGGUGGGCUAUCAAUUGGGUCGCAAGUCAGCACCCUACUAUGCAUUGGAGGGAAGUGUUUCCAUAGCUGGCGCUGCAUUUAAUUGGCUCAAGGAUAAUAUUGGCCUCAUCCAGAAUUGGGGACAAAUCGAGCCCAUGGCCCAGACGGUGGACAAUUCGUUGGAUGUGUACUUUGUGCCAGCUUUUAAUGGUCUAUAUGCCCCAUACUGGAAUCAGGAUGCACGCGGUGUCAUCUGUGGCCUCAGCGAGGAGACAACCAGCGAGCAUAUUGUCCGUGCCACCUUGGAGGCAGUGUGCUUCCAGGUGCGCGAUAUUCUUGAUUCCAUGCACAAGGAUUGCAAAAUUCCAUUGGCCAAGCUGAUGGUGGACGGUGGUAUGACAGUGAAUCAAUUGUUCCUUCAACUGCAAUCCGAUUUGGUGGGCAUUCAUGUACUACGGGCCAAAAUAUCGGAAACCACGGCUCUGGGCGCUGCCAUGGCCGCAUAUAAGGUGGUCGAGCCACGUUUCAACAUGGAGGCUCCAUUAUCCAAAUCUGGCCCAAGGGAACCAAUAACACCCACAAUUAAUAGCCAUGAACGUGAUUUACGUUAUAAGAAAUGGAAAAUGGCCAUCGAACGCUCUUUAAAUUGGGAGACUUCUACAUUGGCCCAGGGCGAACGUGAAGCCUUUGAUGGUGCCUAAGAGAAUCCUCAUGCAAAGAGGGCAGCGGCAACUAACCAUGGCAAUUCGAGUAUUUUAAAUACUUCAAGAAUAUAUAUACCUAUAUACCAUAUAUAGAAUGAUACUUAUAUGUGUAUAUUUUGUUUACGCUUCUUCUCCUUAUAUUUUUGUUUUAUGUUUACCAUGUUAUAUCCAAGCAAAUAAAAAAUUUGUAUUUUUGGGAA